GGAUAGACUUUAUAAAUUUACGUAAGCUCCACCAAUUAACUAACACCUGUUAUCUAGAACGAUUUGCGCUUGUCACAACUGACGUCAUAAAGUCGAUGUGGGAGAGAGAACAGCUGUGGGGUCGAAAACAAACAGAGUUUCGAGAUAUGAAGUACUUUAAAUCUCUUGGUCUCAACUUCCCACACUUUUGUUAUCAGACGAGGCAUAAAUAAGAGAGAACUCGAAGCGUUAAGGCCUUUUCUUCCAAUCGAUCAGAGAGAGGGUCAUGAUUUUCGUAACGCUUCUUCUACUUAUCUUAAUAACUUACGUAAAGUUGCACGACAAUAAUGGACACUUUACUAACGAUUGGGUGGUUAGAAUAACUGGAGGUAAUUACGUGGCUGAAGAAUUAGCUGGUGAACUUGGAUAUAGUAAUUUGGGUGAGUUAAAGGGAUUUAAGGAUACUUAUUUGAUGAGAAGAAUAGAUCAUCCUCAAAGAUCAAGAAGAAACUCGGCAGUACUCACUAAAAGAUUAUCUGAUGACAGGAGGGUUAUUUGGGCUGAACAACAAGUGAUUAAACCUAGAAUAAAGAGAGGUGUAAUUCGUACGAAGAGGGCAAAUCACGGUUUUCUUUACAAGGAUAAUUGCAGCAAUAAGUUUAAGGAUCCUUUCUGGUCCCAUCAAUGGUAUUUGUGCGACACUCGAGAUCGUCAGGAUUUACCUCGUAUCGACUUUAACCCUUCUUCUGUAUGGGAUGGGUUAAAUAUAACUGGAAGAGGAAUUGUUUUAACUGUCAUGGACGAUGGUUUGGAAUGGAAUCAUACGGAUAUCCUGCCGAAUUACGAUCCCGAAGCCAGUUGGGAUAGCAAUGAUAACGAUCCCGACCCUUUUCCUCGUUACGACGAAUACGACUCUAACAAUCACGGAACACGAUGCGCUGGAGAAAUAGCAAUGGUUGCCAAUAACGAUAAAUGCGGUGUGGGGGUAGCUUAUAAUGCAAAAAUAGGAGGGAUUAGAAUGUUAGACGGGGACGUAAGCGAUGCGGUGGAAUCUGUCUCUAUAGCCUUUAGAAUCGAUCACAUCGAUAUAUUCAGUGCCUCUUGGGGUCCUUCAGACGACGGAAUGACCGUAGACGGACCCAAGAGAUUAGCCAUAGAAGCUCUGGAGAAAGGUAUAUUCGAAGGUCGUAACGGAAAAGGAGUCAUUUAUGUUUGGGCAUCCGGAAACGGUGGAUCCAAAGGAGACAACUGUAAUUGCGACGGUUACACCAGUUCCAUUUACACUCUAUCAAUCGGUAGCGCUAGUCAACACGGACGAUUUCCUUGGUACGGAGAGAAAUGUGCGUCGACCAUGGCUUCCACCUUUUCUAGUGGUGCAUACACGGACCAGAAAAUCUCUUCUACAGAUUUGCACAACCAAUGCACUGACGAUCAUACAGGAACAUCCGCUGCAGCCCCUUUGGCAGCAGGAAUGAUCGCAUUAGUGUUGGAAGCGAAUGGGAAUUUAACGUGGAGAGACGUACAACACAUAGUGGUGUGGACGUCUGACGUGGAACCACUGAAAGACAAUAACGGAUGGAAGAGAAACGCCAUAGGUUUAAUGUACAACAGUAGAUUUGGCUUUGGUUUGAUGGAUGCAGAAUCUAUGGUUAAAACCGCUCUGAAGUGGAAAUCCGUUCCACCGAAAUAUAUUACGACGGCUCAAUCUAUAACCGAAUUUCCCCAGCCACUUUCUUCGGGAAGAGAUGCGGAAAUAUAUUUCGAAACUGACUGCGGAAAAAAUACAGAAAAUGAAGUGCAUUACCUGGAACACGUUCAGGUAACAGUCGACGUUGAUUAUAACAGAAGAGGAGCUUUAGAACUGUACUUAAUUUCUCCAUCAGGUACG